AUGUCCUGGGACAGUGGCCUGGCACUAUGCAAGAGAACAUGGCACUUUGUGACGAAGCUGCAGCGGUCCAAAGCCCUGCGGAGGAAGCAGCCGUCUCUUCCCCCCGCCGGCGCCACCAAUACAGCUGAGCGACUUACAAGGUCUUGCCGAACAGGCCCCCCUGGGCCCCAUGCUUUUGCCGCAAUCCAUCCCCCUCCCAGCCCCGCACGGCCUGGCUCUUUCUUGCAGCCCCCACAGGCCGCCCUCCCCGGCCCUCGUGUCGAGCGUGGCAACCGGCCUGACUGGCCGUGUGCGAGCGGCCAGCCCAGCCCGCGAUGGCCGCGGGGGCCUCUGAGGGCCUGCGUGUGGCCGCGGCGGGAGCCCUCGGAUGCCCUCUGCCGAGCCCCCAGUCCGCUUGCGGUGGAUGGAUGCCUAUCCCGGCGGGACUGCGGCCCCCCCGGCCAGCCCGGCGGCUCGCAGGAUCCCCGCCACAAACGUGCGCUGGCCGGGCCGGGGCGCCCGGCUUCCUUGGCGCAGGGCUCGGGCGCUUCCCCUUCUGGGCGAAGAGAGCGGGCGGUGUGGGGCGGCGGGCCGUCGAAGAAGUCGGCACACCCUGGUCGACCCGAUCACGAGUGCCGCGCCCAGCGUUUCCCUGAAGAAGUGUAUUCCAGAGACCUAGUCUCGUGUCUGAGCUGCCCUCUGAAGAUCCCGGGAAGAGGCCCUCGUGCAGCCCGGGCGGUUCUGGCUCGCCGAGCAGCGCGCGGGGCCCGGCCGGGCGCGCUUUCAAUGUCAGCAGCGUGUUGUUGUUCCUCUCUUCCCGGGCGAGUCCUGCUGGCGGGUGCUAGACUUCUCCCUCCGCCAGCACAGAUCGAGGUCGCCUGCCCACGCCCACCCCCCUCCGCUAAAUCCCCCGUCCCCACCCCCGAGCGCAAAGCAAGCCUAGUCGCCGCAAAGAGCCACAACAUCAAGCCCUCCUCCAGCCACAUCUCCUUCGGCUCGCUCGCCGAGGCCCCAGCCAGGGCCGACAACCUCUCCUCCUCCCCCGCGAACCCCCCCACCCUCUCGCAGCGGGAUGGCCCGCCCGUCUUUGGAUCGGUCGUCGCUGAUCCAUCCAAAAAACCUCUCAAAUCAUCCUCCCUCGUCACCGACUCCAAACCCACCACCGCCCCUCCAUCCACAAAACCAGAGAAGAAGAAGAUCAUCGACUUCCAGGGCCCCUCGCCCAUGUCCCAGCCAUCACAGCACCACCACCAGUAUGCCGGCCACUGGCAGAACGGCCCGGCACCCAACAGCCCCCACUUUGUGCCCGGGAACCCCCCCAUGAAUGCCAACAUGCCCAACUACCCCGUGCCCAACGGCGCCAACCAGUCCCAGUAUCUGCCCAAGCCGCCCCCCUUCCAGCAUCGCAACGGCCACGGCGCCGGCCAGUCGGGCGGCGGCUCCUCAAGCUCCAUGUACCCCCCUCCCGGCGGCCGCUCCAAUCUCCACCACCAGCCCCGGAACCCCAACCCCGGCCCUCCGAGCCCCCGCCUGCCGCCCAGCAACGCCCCCAACGGCGGCCAGAGUCCCAACUACCAGCAUGCGUCCAACAGCCAGGGGAUGCCCCCACCCUACUGGCCCCAAGCCCCCUACUCCCAGAACGCCCCCGGCCCGUACCCUCCGUACGGAUACAACCCCAACAGCAUGCCCACAUACCCCCAUCCCACCAACUUCACCCCCCCUCAACACCCCCAACACCACUCGCCCCAGCUCUCCACCCAGCCCGGGCCCCCAUCCCCCCACACCCCCAAUGCCGCCGCCCCCGCUUUCUUGCCCAGGAGAAGCGCCGCCGUACCCAUCAAAAAACCCGUCACGCCGAUCCCCGAAUCGCCUGAAAAAUCCGCCGACCAGCCCCCCGCUAAGCCCCUCGAGCCGGCGGCUGCUGCGGCUAAAAAACCCGCUCUCGCGCCAUCCAAGGUCAAGCCCGAUCCCGCUCAGGCUAAGCUGGCUAGCGAGGCCGCCGCUAAGAAGGCCGCCGAUGAGGCCGCCGAAAAGUCAGCGCGACUGGCCAAGCUGGCGAAGGAGAAGGCCGAACAAGAGGCCAAGGAGAAAGCCGAGAAAGAGGCCAAGGAGAAAGCGGAGCAGGAAGCCAAGGAGAAAGCUGCCAAGGAAGCGAAAGAGAAGCAGGAGGAACUCGAACGUGCGGCUAAGAAGGAGAGGGAGGAGAAGGAAGCGGCUGACAAGUUGGCUAAGGAGGCCAAAGCUAAGGCCGAAGCCAAGACGGUCGAACCGAAACCCGUCAACGGCGCCUCAUCCGUGCCCGCCGCUGGUGCCAAGGUUCGACCAGCGCCCAUCGACGUCAAUGCCCCCCCUCAAUCGAAGAUCGCCGGCGAAACCGGCACGCCCUCACUCCCCUCGGCCCUCUCCUCUGCCCGGAAGAUCGAAGACCUGGGCAAAGUCUCCUACCCCGAAAACAUCCAGUCCCCGCGCUCGGAGCUGAAUGCCGAUGCGACCCCUGGCAAGUUCCGAUACGACCGAGCCUUCCUCCUCCAGUUCAUGGAGGUCUGCAAGGGCAAGCCGGUCCAGCUGCCCGACCUCGACUCGAUCGGGAUGGUGGAUGCGCACAACGCAGGCAUGAACCCGAUGUCACGCACCCAAUCGACGGGCGGCCAGCGGAGGAACGGGGGCCAGAUGGCUGCGGGCAACCGCGGCCCGUCCGGCUCGCUGACUCCUUCCGGGGGCAACAUGUCGAUGAUGGGCCCCGCCGGGCUUGGAAGCCGCGCGGGCCCGGGAGGCAUGGCGAUGUUCAACUCGGGCGCGACCCGGAGCAGCGAGGAGCGCUUCAACCAGUCCAACCGGCCCUCGAUGGGCGCCAUGCCGAUCGGCAUGGGCAUCAUGCUGCCCGGCCGACCCACCGGCCAGAUGUCGCGCAGUCCGAGCACCAACGCCCUCCCCGGGAUCAUGUCGAACGGGGCCCGGGAUACGAGUCGACGGAGCGGACGGGGAUCGAGACGGGACGGCGCGCCCAGCCAUCCGCCCUCCUCGAGCGCCAACAACCCCAACCUCAACCGGGGGAUGUCGAUGCAGCAGAUGUUCCAGGUGGAGGCCGUCCAGCCUCUGCAGCCGUCUGCCAACAGCUGGGCGGCCACCCGGGCCACCGUCCUGGAAGAGGACUCGCCCGAGCUGGUGAACCGGAAGGUGAAGGCGCUCCUGAACAAGCUCACGCUCGACAAGUUCGAGUCGAUCUCGGACCAGGUGAUUGCCUGGGCCAACAAGUCCGAGAAGGAGCACGACGGCCGGAUCCUGCGCCAGGUGAUCGCGCUGAUCUUCGAGAAGGCGACCGACGAGGCCCACUGGUCGGAGAUGUAUGCCAAGCUCUGUCGCAAGCUGAUGGAGAAGCUCUCGCCGGGCGUCAAGGACGAAAGUCUGGUGGACGUGACGGGAAACAAGGUGCAUGGCGGGCAGCUGUUCCGGAAGUAUCUGCUGAACCGGUGCCAGGAGGACUACGAGCGGGGGUGGAGCAAGCGGGACGAGCUUGCGGCGGCGGCGGCGGGCAAGGCUGCGGACGACGCCGUGAAGCAGGCUGCGAAUGAGAAGUCGCGGGCGGAGGCGGAGGCGCAGGGCAAGGAGGGCCCGACGAAGGAGGCGGAGAUCCUGUCGGACGAGUACUAUGCGGCCCAGAAGGCGAAACGCCAGGGCCUCGGGCUGGUGCGCUUCAUCGGCGAGCUCUUCAAGCUCAACAUGCUCACCGAGCGCAUCAUGCACGAGUGCAUCAAGAAGCUGCUCUCGAAUAUCGACACCCCCGAGGAGGAGGACAUCGAGUCCCUCUCCCGCCUCAUGAUGACCGUCGGCGGCCUCCUCGAUCACGAGAAGGCGAUCUCCCAUAUGAACGAUGUCAUCGAUACCCGGAAUAACAAGUGGGUCGGACGGAAUGUCGCCGCUGGCCCCAAGCUGAUCUCGCAGAUCCACGAAGAGGCGGCGCAAGCGGCCGCCGAGCAGUCCCGCCAGGCCCAGCAAGCCAGCAACAAGAACAAGAUGAACGACCUGUCCCGGGGCGGAAGCCGGGCGGGGCGGAACCGGGACCAGCCGGGCGGGGACGGCUGGUCGGCGGUCGGCGGGCCGUCUGCGCCUCCGCCGCGGCCCUCGAAAGCCGGCGACCUGACGCAGUUUGGCAAGCUGCGCGACACGUCCUCGUCUGCGAGGGCCUCCUUCGGCCCGUCGAACGUGUUCGCGAACAAGGGCAAGCUCAAGGACGCCAAGCUGGCGCCCGAGCCCGCCGUCGCGGUCGCGCCCAACCCGUUCGCCGCCCUCGGCGCCGACGCCCCGCAAGAGGGCAGCGGCCCCGGGCUGUCGCGCAAGCCCAGCGCCUCCGUCGACGAGUUCUUCCACCUCCGCUCCGUCCCCGAGGCCCUCGCCUCCCUCGCCGCCCUCCCCGCAACCCGCCGCCCGCUCCUCGUCCAGCGCCUGCUCGAGGCCGCCGUCGAGAGGAAAGAACAGGACGUCCGGCUCGCCGCAGGCCUCUUCCAGACGCUCGUCUCCGACGCCCUCGUCCCCCCCAACGCACUCGUCAAGGCCUUCGCGCCGCUCGUCGAGAUGCUCGACGACACCGCCGUCGAUGUCCGGUUCGCGUACGAGUUCACCGGCCUCCUCGCCAAGGCCGCCGGCCUCGCGCUCGCCGACGUCCAGGCCCUCGCUAAGACUAUCGAGGCCGACGACCGCGAGACGGCCGCGGCACGGCUCGUGGGGUGUUUCCGGGACGCCGUGCUCGACUGA